AUGGCUAUCCUUUAUUCCGAGGCACUACAGCUGAUUCAGGCGGAGGCUCAGCAACAUCACGACGCCUUUGUGGCUGAUGGAGAACAUGUUCCUAUCAGCCAUGCGCGGAAUCGCGUUGCUCGCGAUACCGUAGCGAGCCCCAUACCGACCCCAAAAUUCGAUACAUCCGCUAUGGACGGAUACGCGCUGAGUUCGUCGGCGACACAGGAUGCGACCGUCGACCGCCCAGUGAUAUUUGAAGUCAAAGGCAUGAUCGCCGCGGGAGAUGAGCCUUUGCGGAUCGCCGCAAAUGAGCCAUCGGGAGGCCCUGUCUGCGUGGAGAUCAUGACAGGAGCUCCUUUUCCGACCAGUGUGAGCGGCGAUGAAUUGGACUGCUGUGUGCGAAACGAGGAUGUGACGGUCACCGUGGACGAAGCGUCCAACCGCCGCUAUCUUCGAGUCUUCAAGCCAGCAAAAGCGCAGCAGAAUCGAAGAUUUGCAGCGAGCGACUUUAAGAAAAGCGACAUCCUCGUCGACGCGGGGGAAGUGGUCCAUCCGGGCCACAUCCUGUCGUUGGCACCUGUUGGAAUCACCGAGAUUGCAGUCAUGCGCAAGCCUCGGGUAGCCGUCGUCUCUACCGGCUCGGAGCUAUUGCCACCGGGUCUCGAUCAACCGAGCAUACAUCGGAUCAGCGACGCAAAUGGGCCAUAUCUAACUGCGACCUUGGAGAGCUGGGGUGCUUCAGUGGACUUUUUGGGAAUCAUCCAUGAUCAUGCCGAAACCCUGGAGCGGUCUCUGGGGUCGAUUCUGAGAAAGAAGGAGUACGAUGUGAUCAUCACCUCUGGAGCUGUCUCCGCCGGCCGAUGCGACUUGAUCCCUGUCGUGGUUCAUCGAUUGAACGCUCGCGUCGUGUUUCACAAGGUCGCCAUGAGGCCGGGCCAUCCCGUGCUUUUCGCCCAGAUUCCCGAUCCUUCAAGCAAUGAUCAGAAUCUCGGGAGAGAAACGGCCUUUUUUGGGUUGCCAGGGAACCCCGUGGCCAGUGCGGCCUGCCUGCGCUUCCUGGUUCGUCCAUACUUAAGAUGCUUACAGCUGCAGCGACCGGAUGACCUAUCGCAUGCAUAUCUUCUACCUCCUGACGAGGGUGAGACUUCAGCGAUUAAAGAACCUCCGAUAGUAUCUACAUUUCGUGGAGACAUGGACGUCUUUCGACCGGCAUUGGUCCGCGGCUCGUCAGGCCAUGUACAGGUGAAACUCAUACAGGAUCACAGUCCAGGAAAGAUUAAGCCUUUUCUGCAUUCAAACUGUUGGAUUCAUAUUCACAGAGGCGUUUCCGAGUUGAAGGCAGGUGACAUUGUUGACGUUUACCCAAGCCACUGA